CCCCUUCCUUCCCACACAUACACACUCUCUCUCUCUCUCUCUCUCUUUUAUGUCUUUUUUUUAUGCUAUCGUUCCUCUGCUCAUUUUCCUAAAGGAGCACAAUUCACAAGUUGCCUUUUAUCUCCUUGUCGGGAAGCCCUGAAUUUUGAGUUGGGGGUUAAAGGAGGUAACCAGUUUAAUUUUUUUUUUUUUUUAACGCAAGACCUCCUUUCUCUAUCCCAGUUUGGAAUUUCCAAAGCAAGCUUUAUCGAUUUUUUUUUUUUAUUUUUUUUUUUUUUAAUGUGUAUUUUUCAGGAUUAUUUUUAUUUUUGGGGGGGGAGACAGAAAGUUGGAUGUGGGAUCUUACAAGGAGAAGAGAACGUCCAGCAGCUGCCUUUGAUUCAGUAACUUUGUGUAUAUAGCAGUGGAAUAUACAAGGAUACCCUGUACAGUCAUGUAUGCAUCACCUUUAUGUCUGACCCAGGAUGAAUUUCACCCCUUCAUUGAAGCUCUACUUCCUUAUGUUCGAGCAUUUGCCUACACCUGGUUCAACCUUCAGGCUAGGAAAAGAAAGUAUUUUAAAAAACAUGAGAAAAAAAUGACUAAAGAGGAAGAACGAGGUGUAAAAGAUGAACUGCUAAAUGAGAAGGCUGAGGUUAAGCAGAAGUGGGCAUCCCGGCUUUUAGCAAAGCUUCGCAAGGAUAUAAGACCAGAAUUUCGUGAGGAUUUUGUGCUAUCUAUAACUGGCAAAAAGGCUGCUACUUGUGUUCUCUCCAACCCAGACCAGAAAGGAAAGAUUCGGAGGAUCGACUGCCUUCGACAGGCAGAUAAAGUGUGGAGGUUGGAUCUUGUGAUGGUGAUCCUUUUCAAGGGCAUUCCAUUGGAAAGUACAGAUGGCGAGAGACUGGUGAAGGCUGCACACUGUUCUAACCCACAGUUAUGUGUUCAACCGCACCAUAUCAGCGUGUCUGUUAAAGAGCUAGACCUGUACUUGGCCUACUUCAUCCGAGAAAGAGAUGCUGAACAGGACAGCAGCCCUCGUACAGUUAUCGGCUCUGACAUAGAGGACACUAAACCUAUCAAUUUGGAUAUGACAGAUUUCCAAGAGAGUUUUGUCACUUCUGGUGUUUUCAGCGUCACAGAAUUAAUUCAAGUGUCGAGAAUCCCAGUUGUGUCUGGAACAGGCCCCAAUUUCUCUCUAGGAGAGCUACAGGGACACCUGGCUUAUGAUUUAAACCCUGCGGGAACUGGCAUGAGAAGGACCCUCCCUAGCACAUCAUCAAGUGGGAGUAAAAGACACAAGUCUGGCUCCCUGGAAGAUGAUGUAGACACAAGCCCUGGGGGAGAGUACUACACAUCUCCAUCUUCUCCAACUGGGAGCAGCCGAAACUGGACUGAGGACAUGGAAGGAGGAAUGUCUCCAACUGUGAAAAAAUCUGAAUUGGAUAAAUCACCAUUUCACAGUCCAUCUCCUCAAGACACAUCCCCAAGAAUCAGUGGCUUUACUCAGCAUCACAGGCCGGUCAUAGCUGUGCACAGUGGUCUGGCCCGCAGUCCCCAUACCUCCACAACAUUACACUUCCCACCUUCCUCCCUACUUCCUCAGGCUGCCUCCACUUACUUUCCACACACAGCAAUCCGCUAUCCUCCUCACCUUAACCCUCAGGAUCCCCUGAAAGACUUGGUAUCCCUUGCCUGUGACCCGUCCACCCAGCAACCUGGCCCGCUGAAUGGGAGCGGCCAGGUGAAGGUUUCAAGUCACUAUAUCUCCACGCAGAUGCUGGCCCCACCUCCUCCUGGAAUGCCCCGUCUUGCAUUGCCCUCCGACACCAAAUCUACUACUGCAUCUGAUGGGGGUACCUCUUCACCCACUUCUCCAACGUAUUCUGCACCUAGCACGCCUCCCGCAAACCGAUUUGUAGGACUGGGUCCACGGGACCCUGGCAGCAUUUAUCAGCCACAGUUUGAUGUGUAUUAUAUGUGACGUUACAUAUCACAGAGACCGGUAUUGUGUCCUGGUACCUGGGAUAACAACCUACCUCUCAUCUACCGGAACCAUCAAAAAAGAAAAUGAGGUUUUCUUCAUAGGUCCAAGUCCAUAUUGAUAAAAUCACGUUUUUAAUAAAAAAAAUGCUGUUACCACAAUGGAGAAGUCCUCAAAAACCUGCAGCUGUUAGCUCGAGAUAUAAGAUAAUUACCCAUAUUCUGGUGGACCCUUCUCUUCAGAAAAAGGAACAGGGCUAUUGUUUAAUCUCCUUUUAUUCAUAAUUCCACUCACAAAAGAGUUGACCAUCCAACCAGCAAGAAGGAAGAAGAACAAUAAUCUUCCUGCGGGGAUAUAAAUAUUCUAGAAAUAAUAUAAUUUCAUUAUAUAGCUCUGCUUUAUCCCAUAAAUGUUUAACCUGUUUUUGCCUGGAGGACUUUAGCUAUGACAGAUAGGCAUUAAUCAGAUACUCACAAAUGUUGUGAUAAGCACCUUAGCCUUCUACCUGGGCCUUGUCUGUAACUUCAGGUACAUAUUGAUCCAGACACAUGCUCAAGUUUGUUAGUCUGUACUUCUUGAAAAACCUGUAUCAUAAUGAAUCAUUUUUGUAGAUAUAUCUGUGUGCAUAAUGCAGUAUGUGUAGACAAAAUAUAUUUCUACAGUGCCUUGCAAAAGUACUAAUUCUUUUUUUGCAAGACAUUGUACAGUUGUCUUCUUCACACAACACAUUAUACAAACAAAUAUUAAAACAUAUACAGAGAUGGCAAAUUCUGCAAUGUCUUGAAUAACAAAUCCUAAACUGAAAAUUUGUUUGGUAAAAUAUAUACACACACAUUUAUACAUCCUAUACAUAUAUAUAUGGCUGCGCUUCACAGAAACAUCAGUCACAAUAAAGCUGCUAAUUGAUAUAUAUGCCUAUAUAAUAUAUAUAUAUAUAUGGUCCGGAUAGAUCUAUGAGUACGGUAUCUCACUGUCCUGAUUUAUUGCCAACCACUUGCAGGCCCCAGACUCAAUUUUCUAUUAUUUGCUGUGUGCCUCUUCAACAGUGUUUCUCUCUAUCUAUCUUAUUAACCAGCAAAUGGUUUAUAAAUAUGACCUAAUGUCAGAUACAAAUAUCACAUGGAACAAAAGUUUAGUGUAGGAUUUGGUAUUCAGUAAUGAGGAAACUGUCAAAUGAUCUGAAGGGCACUGUAUGAAUCAUGUGUCUGUGUGUGCAUGGUGUGUGUGUACAUAUAUAUAUAUAUAUAUAUAUAUAUAUGCACACACCAUACACAAUACAAAUUGUACAGCGCAACAGAUACCUUGAAGGAUUAGGUGAAUUAAAUUUGUUUAUUGCACAUUAUUGCUAAUUUUUAUGUAUUGUACACUUCAUCAGAUUUAUAUGUACAGUAUAUUCAUAGGUUGUGUGUUGACAUCUGUAUGAAGAUACAUUCAGUGUACAGGCUGUGGCAGGCACUGCAAGUAUAUGUACAUAAUUUGAAUAAGUGUCACUUAUUCACACAUGCAGCGCUAUUGUAUAUAUGUUUUCCCAUGGAAUGGCCUUUGCGUCAAGCUACACAUAUAGUAAUUUACAAAGGUGACAACUUUUAAAACAAGAGAAAAGCCUGAAAUAUAUGUACAAUUGAAAAUGUCCCCACAGUGUUUUCAAAACAGCAGCCACCAACCUACUUUUAAUACUAUUCUACAGCCUGUUGUCCACCUGUCUAGUGUGUGCAAUAUUCAUGCAAUCUAACCAAAAAAAAAA